AUGCUGAAAUCAACUGCUACAAGAUCGAUAACAAAAUUAUCUCCACUUUACAACGUCCCAUCUGCCACAUACAGGGCAUGUUUGGUAAGCAGGAGAUUUUAUUCUCCUCCUGCAGCGGGCGUGAAAUUGGACGACAAUUUCUCACUAGAAACCCAUACCGAUAUUCAGGCUGCUGCAAAAGCACAGGCUAGUGCCCGUGCUAGUGCAUCAGGGACCACCCCUGAUGCCGUAGUAGCUUCUGGUAGCACUGCGAUGAGCCAUGCUUAUCAAGAAAACACUGGUUUUGGUACCCGUCCCAUAUAUCUUGACAUGCAAGCCACUACUCCAACAGACCCUAGGGUUUUGGAUACCAUGCUGAAGUUUUAUACGGGACUUUAUGGUAAUCCUCAUUCGAACACUCACUCUUACGGUUGGGAAACAAAUACUGCUGUGGAGAAUGCUAGAGCUCACGUAGCCAAGAUGAUCAAUGCAGACCCUAAGGAAAUAAUAUUUACGUCGGGGGCAACCGAAUCUAAUAAUAUGGUUCUCAAAGGUGUCCCAAGAUUUUACAAGAAGACUAAGAAACACAUCAUCACCACUAGAACGGAACACAAGUGUGUUUUGGAGGCUGCAAGAGCAAUGAUGAAGGAAGGGUUUGAAGUCACUUUCCUAAAUGUGAACGAUCAAGGCCUCAUCGAUUUGAAGGAAUUGGAAGAUGCCAUCAGACCAGAUACCUGUCUCGUCUCUGUUAUGGCUGUUAAUAAUGAAAUUGGUGUCAUUCAACCCAUUACAGAAAUUGGUGCAAUUUGCAGAAAGAAUAAGAUCUACUUCCACACGGAUGCUGCACAAGCUUACGGUAAGAUUCACAUUGAUGUUAACGAAAUGAACAUCGAUUUACUAUCAAUUUCAUCUCACAAGAUUUACGGUCCAAAGGGUAUCGGUGCAAUCUAUGUAAGAAGAAGACCAAGAGUUAGAUUAGAACCUUUACUAUCCGGCGGUGGCCAAGAGAGAGGGUUAAGAUCAGGUACUUUGGCACCUCCAUUGGUAGCGGGGUUCGGUGAAGCUGCAAGAUUGAUGAAGAAAGAAUUUGACAACGAUCAAGCUCACAUCAAAAGACUGUCCGAUAAACUAGUGAAAGGUCUAUUAUCCGCUGAACAUACCACGUUGAACGGAUCUCCAGAUCAUCGUUAUCCAGGUUGUAUCAACGUCUCUUUCGCCUAUGUGGAAGGUGAGUCUUUAUUGAUGGCCCUAAGGGAUAUCGCAUUAUCCUCGGGUUCAGCCUGCACAUCCGCUUCCUUAGAACCUUCUUAUGUUUUACAUGCGUUGGGUAAGGACGAUGCAUUGGCCCAUUCUUCCAUCAGAUUUGGUAUCGGUAGAUUUAGCACCGAGGAGGAAGUCGACUAUGUCGUUAAGGCCGUUUCUGACAGAGUAAAAUUCUUGAGGGAACUUUCACCAUUAUGGGAAAUGGUUCAAGAAGGUAUUGACUUAAAUUCUAUUAAAUGGUCAGGUCAUUGA